AUGCCAGUUACAGACUUUUCCACGCCCGAGAAGUACACCUACCUCAACGGCUUUGACUCAUACCAUGAAUCAGAGGUAAUUAAAGGUGCCUUGCCAAUCGGAGCCAACUCCCCCCAGAAACCACCCUACGGCCUCUACGCCGAGAAGCUUUCCGGCACUGCCUUUACUGCCCCACGACAUGAGAACCGGCAAUCCUGGCUGUACCGUAUCCUCCCGUCAUCAUCUCACUCCACGUAUCAGCCCUUCAGCGAUCCUUCAGAGCCGAUCCUCAAGGCUAAGCUGAACUAUGUUCCUCAGCAGCUCCGGUGGGAUCCUUUUGACAUCGAUGAGACCAUUGACUGGGUACGGGGCCUAAAGCUUGUCUCAGGUGCGGGCGAUCCUACACUUAAGACAGGUCUAGGUAUCUAUAUCUUCGCUGCGGGACGGGAUAUGGAUGAAUCGACUGCUAUGUACUCUUCUGAUGGUGAGAUGCUCAUUGUAGCUCAGCAUGGGGCCUUGGAUAUCCAGACUGAGUUGGGUCGCCUUCUCGUCCGUCCUAACGAGAUUGCUGUUAUCCCUCGUGGUGUCAGAUAUCGCGUUACGCUUCCCGCUGGGCCGGUUCGAGGGUAUAUCCUUGAGCUGUACCAGGGGCAUUUUACGUUGCCGGAGCUGGGACCUAUUGGGUCGAAUUGUCUGGCUAAUGCUAGAGACUUUCAAGCUCCUGUUGCAGAUUUCGAAGAGGAUACUAAUACCACUUGGACGAUCUUGAAUAAUUGCUUGGCAUGGAAAGUGAGUAUCCCAAUAGAGCUUUUGACUUCUAAGGCUAACUUAUAUGGCAGAUUCUACCCUUACAAAUACGAUCUAGGUCGCUUCUCAGUCAUCGGCAGCAUCUCCUUCGAUCACCCGGACCCCUCAAUCUUCACCGUCCUAACCGGCCCCUCGGACCAUCCCGGCACCGCCGUCGCCGACUUCGUCAUCUUCCCGCCGCGCUGGCUCGUCCAAGAAGACACAUUCCGUCCCCCGUGGUACCACCGCAACACCAUGUCGGAAUUCAUGGGUCUGAUCUGCGGUCAAUACGACGCCAAAACGGGCGGUGGCUUUCAGCCAGCUGGAGCGAGUCUGCAUAAUGUCAUGUCGGCGCAUGGACCAGAUGCUGAUGCUUUUGAGAGGGCGUCGAAUGCUGAGUUGAAGCCCGUCAAGGUUGGGGAGGGAAGCAUGGCGUUCAUGUUUGAGAGUAGCUAUAUGCUGGGCAUCACUGAUUGGGGACUGGAGAAAUGCUGUAAGGUGCAGCCAGAUUAUAACAAGCAUAGCUGGUCUGAGCUGCAGGUGCAUUUCAAGAGGCCGUCUUGA